GACGUGCCACAUGUUUUGCUUCUGUCAGGCUCCUUCAUUUAACCCCCCGUCCCCGCCAAUUUUUGCACGGCCCUGAUGAAGGGCCCAACUUGCCGAGAAAGUCACAAUCUUUGCACCAUGGCCUUGCCCAGGGGAGUGGCGAGCGCAAAUACGAUCAUCUUUCGCUGAAUUCAUUGCGGGAAUUGGAAACCGUCCUUUUCAGGCGCUGGAAGGGGCCCUGGCGCCCGUGUUCGAGAUGCGGUUCGACGGCCUAACCGGAGAGUAUCAAGAGAGAAGUUUUACCGUCAAAGUCGCGAUUGCGACGUUUAUCGGGAUUGCAUGGUAUAAUGCAGUUGAACUCUGUGUCCUCGUCUUCGUCACCUUCACACGAUUUGAAGGGCUUUACUUCUGGAGUCUGCUCGUCGCCGGUGUUGCCGGUGUGGUGCCGUACUCUGUUGGCUACUUGAUCAAAUUCUUCCACUUGAUGGACUCUGUCUGGCUCUCGAUCGUUUUCAUUUCAAUUGGUUGGUGGUUCAUGGUUACAGGUCAAUCAUUUGUACUUUAUUCGAGACUGCAUUUGGUUCAACGUGACCAAAAACUGCUUCGGCGUGUGCUAGCUGUCAUCCUCGCCAAUGUUUUGGUCCUCCAUGUCCCAACGACGAUCUUAACGUUUGGGUCAAAUUCGGGCGCUGGUGAAAGAUUCGUCAGGGCGUACGCGAUAAUGGAAAAGAUACAGAUGACCGGUUUCUGCCUUCAGGAAUUACUCCUUUCGACUCUUUACAUUAUCGAGGCGAUCAAAAUAUUACGGCUAUCAUCGGAAAAUGGAAACCGACGGAUCAUGUACCAGUUGCUGAGUAUCAACUUAAUGUUUAUCGUAAUGGAUAUGGGCCUCUUGGGCGCCGCCUACGCCAGUCUCUACGCAAUAGAAACAACCCUCAAAGCGACAAUCUACAGUAUCAAGCUGAAACUUGAAUUUGCAGUCCUGGGGAAGCUCGUUCGUCUUGUCAAUCCUCACUCGUGGAACCCGGGGUUUAACCGUGGGCCGAAUGGACUUCCCGAUUUCGUCGACGCCAGCCGUUUAACAAGCGACGUGACCCACGCCCCAGCCUCAAGGAGCGAUCCUCUAAAACCACCAUGGGCGCUGCAUGGGGACCCAGACAUGGCGAUGAAUGAGCAGUGUGGUUCUCAGUAUAAUGCUUCGAAGGCGACGCGGUCCACGCACUCGAGUGCGUGGAACACACUCUUUCCAAGGAAUUCUGCCAUGCCAGAGAAUGCUACUAUGCCGGUAGAUAUUGUUUCUGGGGUGCUACCAUCACCAAGAACCAGCCGGGCACACAGCCUUCCAAGCUGGCAUUCGUCAUGAAUGGUUGCCGUGAGGGAGAAGAAGAAGAAAGAAAGAAAGAAAGAAACCUCGAUUAUAAAGGAUGGCCUUGUGGAAGACUGGGAAAAUGGGGUUCGGCAUAACUACACGGUGCGAAUGUACUCCGUAUGCCCGGUCUUUAUUCUUCCGUCCACCCAUAGCCACACACCCCAAAGAAAUCCUGUUUUGGAUACGGAAGACUUAUGGAGUAGAGUUACAUGUUUCUGAAUGAUACCCAUGAACUGUACAU